GCGAUCUUAAUAUUAACAUUAUUACCAUCACCGUCAACCCAACUAAGGCAAUUCACGUAUGAAGAUUCUCAGACUGGUCUAGAUCUUCUGGAUAAUGAUAAAUCUAGUGAUGGAACAGUAAUUUUACGUUUCGGAUAUCCAAUUAGCCAAGUAAAUGGAAUUAAAUGUUGGGAUAAGACUAUUUAUCUUCGAAUUAUUCAUCCUAACGCAUCAAUUAGUUUCUUUACGAUUUCAAAUCACGGGAUUCCAGAUUUUAAUUUUUGUUUGAAAAAUAACAAAACUACAGCUGAUUAUACUACAAUUUGGGGAUUCGAUCAAGGACUUAUGAUUACUUAUUAUAAUUCUUCUAAUUUAAUGACUUCAGCAAUUAUGGGACUCUUUAUUAAUUUUGAAGGAACUAUUAUAAGGUUUUCUGAAAGUGGAAUAAUUCAAACAAACAUUAGUAUUGUAACAACCUCAUCUUUUUAUGUAUUAGAGAAAGGAUUUGCAAUAGCUUAUGGAGGAGAAGAUUUACCGGUCAAUCUUAACCAAUCUACUGUAGACAUUAAUAGAAGUACUACUAAUAGUGCAUACAUAAUAUUUUAUUAUUUCGAAACAAACACACGAAUUGGACCGUUUAUAUUAUUUCGAACUCCCACACAAUUAUCAAAAUCGAAUAACACUCAAAUAUUAACUCAAACUUUAACAUUGCGAGGAAUUAUAUGUAAUGUUGAAUUUAAUGGAGCAGGAAAUAUAUGUUGGUUAUUAUUGAUUUCACAAUAUACUGCGAAUGUUAAUAACAAUACUACCAACAAUACAAAUGCCAACAAUACAAGUUCACAACCUGUUCAAAAUCUCGCCUUAAAGAUAUCUUAUCUUUCUUCCGGAUCGAUAACAAAGCAGGGGGAAAUGAAAAAUACAUCUAGUUACGGAUAUUAUAUUCAACCUCUUCUAUUCGGUGGAUAUUUAAUGAUGGUAUUUGAAGAUAAUUAUAUUUUUGGAUAUAUUCUCGAUGAAAAUGGAGAUAUAUAUUGCGAUUGGUCAUUACCACAACCUUUAAAUAAUACCGCGUAUAAGAUGAAUUAUAUUAUGCUUGGGAAUAAUUCAAUCGUGAUUGUGGAAAAUCAAACCAAUUCAACUUGGAAAGUAACAUCUGAUGAUCUAUUUAAAUUUACUAGCAAUGAUAAUAAAUUCAAUAACCCAGUCGUAAAGUCAACGAACCCUAAUUUAGGAUCACAAGUAAACGAGUCCACAGGACAACUCCAUAUAUCAUUCACUUAUCCUAUAAUUCUUUCUAGUUCAAACAUUUCAAUAUACCAAAAAACCAUUGGGUCUAAUAAUGACCUAUUGCGCCAACGAUUUCAAGGUGUUUCAGCAAAUCAAUUUUGUCAAAUAGAUCCAAAUGAUAAUAAAACGGUUAUCAUAAAAGUAUUUCCUAGUACUUUUAAUGAACCUAAUGGUUUUUAUUACGUGGUCGUUGAGGAUAAUUUUGUAAAACGUAGUGAUUCAAAUGAAGCGCUUUUGGGAAUUGACAAAAACUUAUGGACUCUAGUCAAUGAUCAAAUAACGGGUAUUAUACGUCUUACACCAGGUGGCUCUAGUUAUUAUCUUUCCCUGAACUCAGAUGAUCAACAAAAAUUCCAUGAAAAAAUGGCUACCGACCUUUCAAAUGUAAUCCCCGUCGAAGACAAUAGAUUAACACCUAUGAAUGGAUUCGAAAAAGACAUAUCCUCAGGAACAUUGCAAAUUUUACUUUCUUUUAAAAUUCUGGAUACCUCAGAUUUGUUAAAGAAAAGUUCAGUCAAUAUAUCACAAGACUUUAAUACCUUGUUGAAAUACAAGAAAUACAGUGCUUUAAUGCAUUAUAAUACUACAUCAUUAAUUGAUGAUAGUUAUCCUAUGACUAUUGCACGUAAUUUGGUAGUCCUUAUCGUGUCAACAUCUAUAAACAUAAUUUCAUCAACUUUAAUUAUCGCUCAUGAAAUUGGUAAAAAUUUAAAAUUCAGCAAAUGGUUUUCAGAAUAUGGUUUUCUUCUUCCAUUUUUCACAAUCAUAUCGGCGGGACAUAUUGAAACUCUAUACGUUUUAUCUUCGAAAUUUUUAACGUUGAAAAUAUUCAGCGCUCAUUUCUCAAAAACCGCAGAAAAUGCUAUAUUUUGGGUUGGAAUAUUAGGUUUGAUAGUUGGUAUUCCACAAUUCAUUAUUCAGGUUGGUAUUUAA